AUGGAUACCAGCACAGCCUUACGCAAAAUUUCAAGUCUCGACGGAAAAACUCGAUUAUGUUCAUGCAGUGAUAAUGAGGACAUUACUAUCAACCAACAUGUCCUGCCCCCUACAGAUGGCGGAUUUCAUGCAUGGAUGUUUCUGGCGGCGUGUACGAUGAUAGAGGCUUUGGUCUGGGGAUUCGCGUUCGCUUUUGGUGUGUUUCAAAGCUAUUAUCGGGCAAGUGACAAGUUCGAAGAUUCAAAUAUGGUAGCAGUCAUUGGGACAUGUGCCACGGGAAUUGCCUAUUUGAGCUGUCCAUUGGCGAUAGUGACGAUGAUUCUCCUCCCUCGAAUGGCAAAGUGGUUCUCAACAAUAGGACUGACCAUCAUGUGUUUCUCGCUAGCCAUGGGCUCCUUCGCCUCAAAUGUCACACACCUCAUCCUAUCUCAAGGCGUCGGAUUCGGUAUCGGUGGCUGCAUAGCAUACAGCCCGUCGAUCCUAUUCAUGUCGCAGUGGUUCAUCAAGCGAAGAGGACUCGCCUUCGGUAUCGUCUGGGCCGGAUCCGGGUUGUCGGGGAUCAUCUUCCCACUCGGACUGGGGAAACUCUUAAGUCAGUUCGGGUUUGAGACCACGUUAAGGAUUUCUUCUGUGCUGCUCUUUGUGCUGGCUGCUCCUUUUCUAUAUUUCCACAAACCCCGACUGCCUAUCUCGAACACAAUAGCCUAUCGCCGACUGAACUUUCGGUUUAUCUACAACAAGGUCUUUGUCAUCUAUCAAAUUGGUAACAUUAUGGAGGCUCUGGGAUUCUUCCUACCCGGCAUCUACCUUCCCACCUACGCACGCCUCAUCGGUGCGCCCGACUAUCUUUGCUCACUUACGGUGACCAUUCUCAAUCUAGCCUCGGUGUUUGGCAGUGUAUCCAUGGGGUUUCUAUGUGACCGAUACCAUGUCCUAACCUGCAUUGCCAUCUCUACUAUUGGCACCGUGGCCUCCGUCUUGCUUAUUUGGGGUUUCUCUAUAACUAUCCCCGCCUUGUUGGUAUUCUCUGUUGCGUAUGGGCUAUUUGCGGGGAGCUUCUCAGCAACGUGGUCCGGAUUUACCCAUGAGGUGCAGCAGGUUGAUUCAGCUGCUGAUGCUACAGUCAUUUUCUCUAUUAUCGCCUUUGGUAGAGGCAUUGGGAAUGUUGUCAGCGGUCCAUUGAGCGAGGUUUUGCUGAAGGCAGAUAGUUGGCAAGGACGUGCAGUAGGGGCGUAUGGCAGUGGAUUCGGACUUCUCAUUGUGUGUACUGGCUCGAGCGCUAUGCUGGGGGGAUUAUGUUUGCUUGCGCGCUGUUUUAAAUUUCUUUAA